UGCCGAUUGACAUCUUGCCGGUUUGUUUUGAUUUUUCCAGAUCCAAGUUUGCAUGAUUUACGCAGUGAUUUGCUCUCGUUUUAAUCGGCCCCAAAUGACCGAACGUUUAGUGUGCGCAAUAAUCCGUACAGUAUUAAUGCGGGCCUGAUACAAAUCGGAUAAUUUACUACUCCAUCCACCACCCAUUUGUGGGCGGAUGGGGACAUUCAUUUUUCGAUACUCAUCAAGUUAAGUUGAAGCUUGUUGGCAGAUGUGUGGCCCCGAAGGUUGUAUCGUGAAGUUGCACUAACCGGACGCACCGUAAAUAGUGUGCCAGAGCUCGUGUGUCGGCUGCAGCUAUUCCCGAGAUGGAUUACGAUUACUACGAUGACUACUACGAGGAGUACUACGACCAAUCGGAUGCACCGAGGCGGGCCUUCCAGCGUGAGAUGAGUCUCGAGGAAACGAUCGAGAGCUGCGUGUAUCCGUCGUUUCAGUUCGCCCUGGAGUACACCCUUAGUUUUGUGGUGAUAAAUGCACUCUUCAGCGUGGCCGUACGGCUUAUCAACCGUAAAUUGCCGUCUCAGCGUUAUCUGCACUGGCUGAGCUGCUUCUUCGGUGCCGUGCUCAUGUAUCGCGUGAUGGACUAUGGUUAUUUUCAUUUUCUGCAGCUAGCCAUCUCCCUGUACCUGGUACAGUGGGCACUGAACCGCUGGGUUGGUGACACACGCAACCGCCACAUCAAACCCUCCUUCGUGGUCACUUUCUGUGGGAUAGUGAAUCUGCUCCUCAGCGAGCUACUGGCGCCUUCGCCCGAAUCCUGGAAUAGAGUACGGGGCACACAGAUGAUACUGCUGAUGAAGAUUCUUUCGCUUUCGUUCGAUAUCGACGACAACGGUGCGACGAGGAAUCAUCUCAAUCUGCUGGCUUACGCUGGCUACAUCCUUUGUCCAGCCAACGUUAUCCUCGGACCGUGGAUCUCGUUCAGUGAUUAUCUUGCCAUUUGGAACAGCACACCGGCGGAAACGAAAGGUGUGCGAGCUGCGUCCGUUGGUCGUCAGUUGGCGAUCUAUGUAUUCAGAGUAUUUACAAGCGCCCUCCUAGCGAUCGGGUUCCUGCUAACGUCCAACUGUGCCAUCGACUAUUUGUUGGGUCCGGCCGGAAACAGCUGGAAGUGGAUUCGAGCGUAUAGCAGAGCUCUCUCCUUCCGCACCAGUCAUUACUUCGUCGCCUAUCUUUCACAAUGCGCCAUGAUCGCAGCCACCAUCGAACGAAACAAAGGAUCAACGGAUGACCCGCGUGGAUCGUGGAUGAUACCCAGCACAUCGAUUUACCGUGUAACGUCUCCGAUGGCCGUGGAGUUUCCCCGAUCCAUGGUGCAGAUCGUAACGGCAUGGAACAUACCGAUGCAUCACUGGUUGAAGCGUUACAUUUUUCGUUCAACCAAACGAUCGCUUGGUACGGCAAUGGCGAUCGCCGUCACGUACCUUGUCUCUUCCCUUCUCCACGGUUUGCACUAUCGUCUGUGGGUGACACUGCUCAGUAUCGGCGCCUGGACCUAUGUGGAGCAUGAAUUGCGGAAAAAGAUCGCCAACAUCUACUCGGCUUGCGUGCUUGUUGGACGAUGUCCGACCCGCUGUACGGCCCAUACACACCGGGCGGGGAGCCUCUUCAGCAUCGUCAUUAAUGUGCUGUUCUUCUUGCUAAACGUCUUCAAUCUUAUCUACCUUGGAUGCAUCUUCGAACCAACGGAACGACUGCCUGAGGAGAGCAAGCGCGAUCUCUCGAUUUUCGCGCCCUGGGCCGAACUCCACUUUGUCUCGCACUGGGCACUUGCCUUUGCCUAUCUGUUCUUCGUGAUUAUAUGAUCCAUCACAAUCAUAGUCUAGUCAAGUACCUUUCUGCGCCUCUCUAUGAUAGUAAAGUAGUGAUAUCGAUGCAUGCCCAAUCCUGCCCCGUGGGGAUACCGCUAUCCCAUUUGUCUAAUGCGCCAUUGCGCGGUCAAUUCAGUACGUCAAUAAGUGAUCGCGAUAAGUCCAACUCCUGCAACGACAAUGUGAUACAUACGUGUUGGAAUACAGUGAAUGGAAGCGUAACUUUUUAGAAAAAAAACGGUGAUAUAAGCAACAACCAGUAUAUUAGGGACUCUCAGAAACGCACAUUUUCUUCCUCUGGCAUCUGUCUUUUUGGCUAAAUAAAAAUAAGAUGAAAUUUUACAAAACUA